UGCCCCUUCCCCCACACGGAGCCCACGGAGCCCGGAGCCCCAGCCAGUGGGCGCUUGUGGCCUGAGAGCUGGUCUAGCCUGGCAGCCCAUUCCCGCAGGAAGCACAGGCUACCCCUGUGAUAGGGGCUUUGGGGAGGGAGUGGGCCCUCGGGGUCUCGGGCUUUUACGAGGCCUUCAGAAAGCUGUGCAGAGCCUUGAGCCAUGAAGGACUGCUCAGAUGUCAUCCUGGGUGUGGAGUCCACAGAGCUGAGCAAGACUGAGUUCUGCAAUCCUGCUUUUAAGCCUGAAGCAGGGCCACCUUGCCCUCCACUGGCCUUCCGGGAGGAUGCCCACAGUAGCACCCAAGCUCCCUGGCAUGGUUGGCGUCCCCGAGGGCUGCAGCCAGACUGCCCCUGCUCCUGGCUGUGUGUUGUGCUGCUAGCCAGCCUGCUGCUCCUGCUGCUGGGGCUGCUGGCCAUUCUCCUGACCCAGUUGCAGGGUGCACUACCAUUUGGUGCCUCCUAUCAUCCACUGCCUGCCAGAGGCCUCACCACCACUGGUACCCCCCCUACCACAACCACCACCACCUCUCAGGCAACUGGGACCCCUAAGGGGCAGCAGGAGGCAGACAUGAGCCCCACACCCCAGUCCACCUGUGGGGGCCUCCUUCUUGGACCAAGGGGCUUUUUCAGCAGCCCCAACUACCCAGACCCUUAUCCACCCAAUGCCCACUGCGUGUGGCACAUCCAGGUGUCCACAAACUAUGCCAUACAGCUCAAGAUUGAAACUCUCAGCAUGGAGAGUGUGGCCUCCUGUCUCUUUGAUCGCUUAGAAAUCUCCCCCAAGCCUGAAGGCCCCCUCCUCAGAGUGUGUGGGAGGGUGCCUCCCCCCACACUCAACACCAAUGCCAGCCACCUCCGGGUGGCCUUCGUCUCCGACAGCAGUGUGGAAGGAUUGGGUUUCCACGCCUGGUACCAGGCUGUGGCUCCUGGGCACGGGAGCUGUGCCCAUGAUGAGUUCCCCUGUGACCAGCUCAUCUGCCUGCUACCUGACUCCGUGUGUGAUGGUUUUGCCAACUGCGCUGAUGGCAGCGACGAGAACAACUGCAGUGCCCAGUCCUCAGGAUGUGGGGGAAACCUGACUGGGCUCCAGGGCAAUUUCUCUGCUCCCAGUUCCCUGCAGGAGUACCCCCACCAACAGCUUUGCACCUGGCAUAUCUCGGUUCCUGCUGGACAUGGCAUAGAACUAUGGUUCCACAACUUCAGCCUGGAAGCUCAGGAAGAGUGCAAGUUUAACUACGUGGAGGUGUAUGAGACCAGCAACUCAGGGGCCCUCAGCCUCCUGGGCAGGUUCUGUGGAGCAGAGCCACCCCCUCGCCUCCUCUCCUCGCACCACCAGCUGGCUGUACUCUUCAGGACAGAUCACAGCAUCAGCAGCGUGGGCUUCUCAGCCACCUACCGGGCCCUCGAUGCCUCAGAGAAGCCCUGUGGGCCCAGAGAGGCCUCCUGCCAGGAUGGAGUGUGCAGAAGUUUGCGGUGGAUGUGCGACACAUGGAGAGGCUGCAUGGAGGGCAGCGAUGGCAAGUGCAGCAGCCCCUUGCUCCCACCCCCAGAGAUGGCCUGUGAGCCUGUCCAAGUGCAGAUGUGCAUCGGGCUGAGCUACAACGCCACGGCCUUCCCUAACAUCUGGGUUGGCAUGGCCACCCAGGAGGAAGUGAUGGAGGUCCUCAGAGGCUACAAGGUGCUCUGGGAAGAGAUAAGGAGAGGGAGGGAAAAGGUGGGAAAGGGAGGGAACGUGGGGUACGGGUUCCUGAGGGCUGGUUUCCUUCUACAGAGCCUGACAAGUCUGCCCUGCUACCCGAGUUUCCGGAGGCUCCUCUGUGGGCUGCUGGUGCCCCACUGCAGCCCACUGGGCAGUGUCCUUCCCCCUUGCCGCUCUGUCUGCCAGGAGGCAGAGCACCAGUGCCAGUCUGGCCUGGCACUACUGGGCACCCCCUGGCCCUUCAACUGCAACAGGCUGCCUGAGGCAGCUGGCCUGCAGGCUUGUGCCCAACCCUGACACUGAGAUAGACCCGC